UGCACUUUUACCUUCAAAUUACUCGUACUUGCAAGCAUCACCACCUCCGGAUCUUUUCAAAUAUAUGGAUCCCCCGCUCAAUACGUACUGUGAAGGGUACUUACUUAUUUGCAAAUACGAGUAUUUAAUCAUAAUCUCUUGAAUCUGACCUCGAGUCCAACGAACCUCCAUUGUUAUUCUCCGUAUUUCUCAACAUCCAAUGGGAAUGAAGGCGGCGGACUGGCGAAAGCUGCCCCUGAGUCUAACCGAGCUUUGCAUCGAGACCACUCUCCGCUGUGGACAAUCGUUUCGGUGGCAGAAAAUCAACGAAGAAUGGCACUGUGUGCUUCGAGGUCGACUCGUCUCGCUGAAGCAGGACUCGUCACAUUUGCACUACCGAGUAUCAUGGCCCAAGACAACCGGUAACUUUUUGACGUCUCCAACCUCUGUGCCUGCGGGGUCCCCAUCGCCCAUAAUAGCCAGCGGUAACAAGACCGAAGCGGAUGAUACGGAAUCAAUCUUGCACAGCUACUUUGCUCUUUCACUUUCAGUAGCCUCACUCUACAAGCAAUGGGCUGCUUCCGACGCCAACUUUGCCCGCCGCGCACCCGCCUUCACGGGUAUCCGCAUCCUUAACCAGGACGCUUGGGAGGCUCUUGUCGCCUUCAUCUGCAGCAGCAACAACAACAUCUCUCGCAUCAGCCAAAUGGUGCAAAAGCUCUGCAUCCAUUAUGGCCCCUACGUUGGGACCAUUGAAGGCGAACCAUUCCACGACUUCCCGGGCCCGGAGGCCUUGGCCGGUGACCAAGUCGAAGCCCACCUCCGCCAGCUCGGUUUCGGCUAUCGCGCGAGGUACAUCGCCGAAACAGCUCGCUUAGUAUCCUCUGAAAAACCUGCAAACUGGCUUCUCCAGCUCCGGAACCCCGCCUGUCCGGCCGUCGGGGAGGCCACCACCACCGCCACCAUCAAGCUCGAACCCGAUGACACGCCAAAAGACGACAUCAAGCCAGAACGAACUUCGAACACCAAGCCCCCAGUAACACCACCAACAACAGCAGAACAACAACAACAACCAACCUACCGCGCCGCGCACGAAGCCCUCCUCACGCUCCCGGGCGUCGGCCCUAAGGUAUCGGACUGCGUCUGCUUGAUGGGGCUGGGGUGGUGGGAGGCGGUACCCGUCGACACGCACGUGUGGCAGAUCGCGCAGCGCGACUACAACUUCGGGAAGAAUAGCGGCGGCAAGGGUGGCGGCAAAACGUUCACCAAGGCCAUGCACGACGCCGUGGGCGACCACUUCCGCGGCAUCUGGGGCGCCCACGCCGGCUGGGCGCAGAGCGUGCUGUUCACGGCGAACCUGAAGGCCUUUGCGGGACAGGCUGGGGCGGGGCGGUCUGGGGCGGGAAAGGCU